CUUCCUCUCUAUAAGAACCGACACUGCUGAGACGGAAGAAGAAAAAACGCACAACACUCACCAAGUCCAAAUCUCAUAAACACACCGAAGAAGCAAAACUAAAAAUAAAAAAAAAAAUGGCCGCAGAAGGAGAAGUGAUCGCUUGCCACAACGUCGAGGAAUGGAACGAGAAGCUUAAGACCGCCUCCGAAUCCAAGAAACUGAUUGUGAUUGACUUCACUGCAACAUGGUGCCCACCUUGCCGUUUCAUUGCACCCAUCUUUGCCGAGUUGGCCAAGAAGCACCUUAACGUUGUGUUCUUCAAGGUCGAUGUUGACGAAUUGAACACUGUUGCUAAGGAUUUUGACGUUCAGGCAAUGCCGACGUUUAUCUUCAUGAAAGAAGGAGUGGUCGUUGAUACAGUGGUUGGAGCUGCGAAAGAAGAGAUCCUUGCCAAGCUCGAAAAGCACACGGCCGUUGCUGCUGCUUGAUUCGCUUUUUUCUCUCUCUACCUAUUCUGCUGAUAUGUUUGGUGUUUAAUAAGUUCACCAGAGUGUUUGACCUUAAUUGUGCUCUUUGUGUGGUGAAUAAGUGUUGCAAACUUGAUAACUAGCAGCUUUGCUAAUUGUUCGUUCAUGUUAUCUUUUACUCUUGAGAUUGUGUUGCUAUGUUAGAGUUCAGUUCUCGGUUUCCAUCGUUUUCAUUUAAUCAGACUUUUCUACAACU